AUGGCCCCAUCACUCGCUAGCAAGCUCUAUACGCUCUUUUCGUCCACGCUCGUUUCGAUUCAAGCUUUCUUUAUCUGGCUGUUCGCCUCGACGCCUAACCCUAUCCUACAAAUUACACCCUACCCGUUCAGACCAGAUUUGGAAGGGAGAGUGCUCGAUAUCAGUCUAAGCUCGAUAGAAGCGCAGACUCUCGAUAUCUCGCUGCAAUUGGAUAACCUGGCCCGCAGUAGUAGUGCACCCUCUAGACGUCGUGCUGCUAGUGCUCCAACGACUAGUACAUUCGUUACCAUUCCUCUGAAUCAGCACAACAACGCUAUCCUGCCUCUCUGCCACUCUCGCCGUUUCUCUGAUACUGCCGAAACUCAACUCAAGACCACCUCAUUUCCUCUCGCCAACCUCGCGGCUCCUCGAUCCUUCGUCGUGCCACCGCCGCCCCAAGGCAAAUCCACCAAGAGUCGCAUCUCGCUCAGGAGUAUUGUCCGCAAGAACAAGGAGAAUCAUACCAAGCAGUCAAGUCCAGCCUUGCCAGUCGCUCGCAAGCCUUUGGCAUUCAAACCUGCCUCUCGUUAUCUCCAUCUCGUCGCUAAUUCGCCAGUGGUCCCGACGGUCUCGACAUCAGUUGCUACUUCGGGCCCGUCACUUGGGCUUGGAAACUACAGCUACCCACGACGCAGAUCAAUUAUCGGCCGGGCAGAUGCAGAAGACAAGCCGGAAACUGAGGACCCAUCGAAUGCUUUUGACUUUGCUGCUCGCGUCAAAAGCGCAUUCUAUGGGUGUCGAGCUCUUGAUGACGAUGACUGUGAUGCUCGAGAGUUUUUCAAACGCGAUUCCUCUUUUGGUUGCCAGUUACACGAUCAAUAUGGAGGGGAAGAACAGACACAGCUCGAUGACUUGACUGUUUCAACCGAUUCUGUCUACGACGCGUCUUUUAACACGAGCAGUAUAGUUGAUGGCAGCUUCGCCUUCUCUGCCACCUCUUCGGACUCCUCCAGCUCUAUUGUCACCUCAGAAACGUCAAUAUUAGCGCUUCCAGUUGGUAAACUGGCCCCCCUGACCCCAAACACGAUGAUCCUCCACCAUUUGCAAACCUCGUCGGACUCUUCUUCUGAGUUGCCGUAUCUCUCCGCGGGAGACCGUACCUCAAACGGCAGUAUGGCUUGUGAACUAUCGAUGUUGCCACCAUCUCGUCCUGCAUCAAGUAUCUGUCUCGACACAAGCCACGUAUUUAGCGACUUGUUGGCGUCGUUGGAGUGCAAGUUCCCUGGAACAGAGUUGUCGGAUCUCGAGGGGAUAGGGGGCAAAUACCGUGGUGCCAUUGACCCUUUUAUCGUGGAAGACGAAGACGGGUGGAGCGAAGUGGUUUCGUUGGCGAACUCUUCCUUGUAG